UUUCAAAUACUUUUUUGCCAUGUACGUUGUUUUACAAUUACCGGCAUAUUCUUGCAAUUAAAUGCAUGACUUACCCAAUUUGAAAAGAUUCAAGACUUUCAGUAACAUAACUACACAAUAUGAUGAUACAAUAUAACAUUACUUGAUGCAGUUAAUGUUUCAUAAAGCACAAAGCAGUUUAUAAAAUAGCGUUAACUGUUACAUGUUAUACCCAGGUAGAAAUUAAUAUCAUCCCUUAUACAUUAAUUUUCAACAACCAAGUUCAGAAAAUAUAACACAUAAUAACAUUGAUUUCAAUGUUUUGUUAAGGGGAUGAUCCGAUUUGCACACGCGUAAUAAUGUGAUAUAGGCAAGUUAUACGAUAUAUAUUGAUUAAUUUCUUGAGCCAAUCAAACUAGAUGUUUCCAGUUGAAUUAUGAUAUAUACAUGAGGGGAAAAAAGAAAGUUGAAAUUUGGGAAAUAAGUAAAACCAAAGCUUUUUAUGGGUCAAUUUGCGAGUCUUCUUUACGUUUAAGUGCAAGCUAUUUUAUUGCGUAUUGACAUAACUAAUCCUAUGUACUUUCCUCUCAUUUCUUGUAAAUGGUGCUAAAUUUAGCAUCUUCUAUAUCUUGAACAUAUUUACCUGCCUCAUAACGAAACUAAAGGAAGUAUUUUCAGGUGUAAGAUUUUUUCAAAUACCUUUUUGUCGUGUAUGUGGUUUACAAUGCGUAAUUAUGCGUAAUUAUGAUAUAAUAAACAAUAAUUAAACAAAAUACACAAGGAAUAAAAAUAAAAGUAGAAAAUUAUGGAAUGAAUAAAACCAAAGCUUUUGAUGGGUAAAUUUGUGAGUUUAAUUUACGUUUUAAUUACAAGCUAUUUUAAUUCUUAAUGACAUAAUAAUCUUAUGUACUUUCCUUUUAUUUCUUGUAAAUUGCGCUAUAUUUAGAAUCUUCUAAUCUUUACCCAUAUCUUGACCAGACUUGUCUGUCUCAUAACGAAACUAAAACAUGCCCCACGUCUUAUUGAGGAAUUAGGAUCGACAUUUUUGAGUGGUUUCUUUAAAUGAUUAAGGAAGACCUUUUAGAUAAAAAAUGUCGAGUAUACUAGUGGCAGCGAUAGACUUUGGUACAACCUUUUCUGGAUAUGCAUUUUCAUUUCUACAUGACUACACAAAAGAUCCUUUGAAAAUAUCAGCCAAUACAUGGACAGCAGGUGUAGGCAAUUUGGUGUCGUUGAAAACAUCGACGUGCGUUCUCUUUGACUCGACACAAACAUUCCACUCAUUUGGCUAUGAGGCUGAGGAAAAGUAUUCCAACUUAGCCCUUGAUGACGAGCACCACGAUUGGUAUUACUUCAAAAGAUUCAAGAUGAUGCUGUACAACAAGAUGGGGCUGACAAGGGAAGCUCUUCUUGAAGAUGAAAAGGGAAAGAAAAUGGAAGCAAUGAAGGUAUUUUCUUCAGUGAUUGGUUAUCUAAAGGACCACAUGUGGACUACCUGCAAAAGCCAGCUGAGUGACAUACAAGAUUCUGACAUAACAUGGGUAUUGACGGUACCUGCUAUUUGGAACGAUUCUUCAAAACAGUUCAUGAGAGAAGCCGCUGAAAAGGUUGGAAUCUGUGCGAAUAAGUUGAUAAUUGCACUAGAACCGGAAGCUGCUUCUCUGUAUUGCAUGCACCAACCAAUCCAGAAGAAUACCGAAAAUUCUAUAUUUGGGGUCUUUAAAUCAGGAGCAAAAUACAUGGUUGUUGAUGCGGGAGGUGGAACAAUAGAUAUUACUGUCCAUGAAGUUCAGGAAAAUGGAAAAAUAAAAGAACUCCACAAAGCCAAUGGUGGUGAUUGGGGUGGAACCAAGGUUGACGAAUCAUUUAAAAGUCUUUUAGCCGAUAUUGUAGGAAACGACGUUAUGGGGGCCUUUGGUUCUAUUCACAAAUACGAUUUUCUUGAAUUUUUAACAGACUUUGAGGUAAAAAAGAGGACAAUAUAUCCCAACCUUGCUGAGAAAGUGACUUUUAAAGUCCCAAUCAGCUUGCUAGAAACAUAUCGCGAGACGAAUCCGAGAUGUAACAUCAAGACAGCUAUCACGUCAAACCCCAAAUACGAAAACAAACUGACCUGGACUGGCGAUAAGCUACGAAUGGAUGCAGAACUAACCAAGGCUCUCUUCGAUGAAAGCUGUAAAAAACUAGUUGACCAUUUGAAGCAGCUCUUUAUGCAUUCCACGGUAAAGGAUGUGCCAUCUAUUUUACUGGUAGGGGGAUUUGCAGAAUCUCCCAUGUUACAGAUGGCUGUAAAACAAGCAUUCAAAACUAAAAAAGUUAUUGUACCACAAGACGCAGGCUUGGCAGUCCUUAAGGGGGCUGUAUUGUACGGACGCGAGCCUAAAACAAUUUCUGCUCGAGUUUGCAAAUAUACAUACGGUGUUGCUAUGUCGAAAAUAUUUGACAGCGCUAUACAUCUCGAAUCUAAAAAAAUCAUAUGUAAUGGUGUUGAACAUUGUAAUAAUUUAUUUGAUAUCCAUGUACGCGUGGGGCAGUUGGUUAAAGUAGGAGAACCACAGGUUAGUCAAAGUUACUCUGUUGUAAAACCCGAUCAAACGGAAAUUGAUUUUGAAAUAUACAUUUCAAACAACAAAGACCCAACAUACACGACAGAAAAAGGUUGCACAUAUCUGGGUAAACUUACUUUCAACUUGCCAGACACAACGAAGGGAAUGGGUAGAGGCGCACAUGUUCAUAUGAUGUUCAGUGGUACUGAAAUUGUAGUCACAGCGGUUGAUAAAGAUGAUCCUGAAAAAGUUGUCUCGACUACCGUUGAUUUCCUUGGAUAGAAGAAGACUGUUUUGUUCGGAAUUUCGUAUCCGCCAUUUCAGCAUGAAUAAGCAAUUUAGAAUUUUGAUUUGAAAUCAAUAUAUCGUAUUAAAUUAAGGUAUUAAAUCAGGUUCCAGAAUUUUUUUUUUAUAUUAAGGGGAUCAGUGGG